UUCGACUGACGAAACAACGUUAAUUAUUCCUGUUAAUUAUAACAGGUACGACAAUUGUUACGGGAGUCUCGCUCGCGCGGUACAACCGUGAGCAAGAUUAAUUUUGGAGAUUGUCGCUUUAAAUGUAUUUACCUCCGUCUAUGUGUGUUUACACUUUUUACAACGUGCAAGUGUUGUCUGACAAGGUAACACGAAAAGUGACGCCCGCGCCGUAAGAUCCGGCUUCAUUUUGUAUCCGCGAGGCAAAGCGAUCACACGAAUGAUUUUUUCGUCAUGAUAUGUUAUAUCGGCGUAUCGUUCGCGACGAGGAUGAUCGGAGCGUAUACGAUGUCCAUUUCGAUUUUAUUAAUAAACGUGUUGGUAAGCAAGUUUUUUUCAAGAGACAGCGAUGAUGAUUUUUUCGAAUUUGUUAAGACUUGGGCUAUACUAGGAUUAAAUUGGAUGCAAGCAAUACAGAAGUACGCAGUGGGGAAGAAAAAAGCGGAAAGUGCCUUGAUAUGUUUUCUCAUAUAUGCCAUCUUGUUUCUGUCAGCGAGCAUAUUUCUUAUUAUAGGAUCGUUAUCGAAGAGACAUAUAGCCGUUAUGCCUUGGAUGUAUUUACAAAUGGGUAGCGUAAUAGAUCAGGCUGUGUCGCUAUGCAAUCAUAUGAUAUAUGAUCAACGAACUGCUUUAUAUUUUUGGUAUACUACAAUAUGCAGUCUCUAUUUGGUGUUGAGCGUGUAUUUCUGGAUGGUCGUGGAAGCAGCCCGAAAUCAAUGGUACAACGAGCAAGGUAGAGAUGCAAAUUGUGAAUCGUUCAUGUUAAAUAUUGUAUCAACGUCCACGAAUAGCAAUCCGAAAUCACCGUCCUUCCUCUCGCAAAAUUUUUCAAUGUUUGAACAAUCGCAUCCGUCGACGAUUCUGCCUAUAUAGAAGGAAGUCCAUGAAGAAGCAUAAACAAUCCCAAAACUACCCAGACAACACAAAGAAUCUAAAAGAGAGAUGUGAGACAUUUUUGGCGUCUUCAAGAUAUCUUAUGUGUUGUCUGGGUAUCCUGAUAGCUAGACUUGCCUGAGAUAAACUUGCCAGAACUUAUAGGAUUGAGGAUGAUAUUUACAGAACUAUAUGAGAAGAAGACUGAGAAGUUUCUUAAUACUUCAUUAUUAUUAUAACUUAUAAAACCUAGACGCUCAAUGUUAUAGUACAACUAUUUUAUACAAUAUUAUCGAUGCUCUUUUUAAACAAUUUAAAACAAACUGUCUAGAAGUUCAGCUUCUAAACAAUCAAUAAUAUUGUACAAUAUCAAAUAUUGUGUAAUAACAUUGAUCGUCUAAGAGUCGUUUAAGACGCGCUCUAUACAUAAUGUAUUUAUUUACUAAAUAUGAA